CAUUGCCCCUGGUGGAUUUCUGAGCUGGGAGCCAUGGCAGUCAGACUUGUAGGUCUUAGUCUUCUUGCAGUGAUAUUGUUGGGUAGUCUAGCAACUGCACAGUAUUUUAAACCCGUGGACCCUCAGCAUCCUCAGCAACCUAAGGUUCCCCAGAACGUCCAGCCACCCGCAUACCCCCGACCACCCCAACAGCAAUCUAACCCCACCUACCCCCAGGUCCAAGGACACCUGCCGUCUUCACAGAAGCCUAAUCAGCCUCCUCAGGUGAGCUCUCCUUAUAUUCCGAAACCUCAAGUACCGCAGGGCCCACAAAAACCUGUACCACAAGACCCGCACAAGCCUCAGAAUCCCCAGUACCCCCAGAACCCCCAGCACCCCCAGAACCCCCAGAACCCCCAGUACCCCCAGAACCCCCAGAACCCCCAGUACCCCCAGAACCCCCAGAACCCCCAGUACCCCCGGUACCCCCAGUACACCCAGCCCCCUCAGAAACCCCAGCACCCCCAGACACCCCAGAACCCCCAGAACACAAAGAAUCCUCCAGGCCCGGAAUUUUCAACAUGUGAGGUGGACGCUCAUUUAAAAAUCCAGUGUGGGCUUCCUGGCAUAACUGCAUCGGAAUGCCAGGCCAUCAACUGCUGCUUUGAUGGACAGAUGUGCUAUUACGGCAUAGCUGUGACUCUGCAGUGCACAAAAGAUGCCCAGGUCAUUUUGGUAGUUGCUCGACAUGCCACAUUGCCCACCAUCGACUUAGAUUCCAUUCAUUUUUUGGGAACUGGUCAGCACUGCCAAGCUGUUGGGACAACCUCCGCAUUUGUCAUCUAUCAGUUCCCUGCUACAAGCUGUGGGACUACUGUGACAGAGGACGAAAACGGGAUAACUUACGAGAACCGAAUGUCAUCUUCUUAUGAAGUUGCUGUUGGGCCAUAUGGAGCCAUUACUAGGGACAGCCAAUUUGACCUGAUGUUCCAGUGCAGAUACAUUGGAACCACAGUGGAAGCUCUGGUACUGGAGGUGGCCACCCUCCCUGCUCCUUCCCCUGUGGCUGGUCCUGGUCCUCUGAAUGUGGAGCUCAGGCUGGGCAAUGGAAAAUGUGUAGUAAAGGGCUGUGUGGAGGAGGAUGUGGCCUACACCUCUUACUACACGGACAGUGAGUACCCAGUCACAAAGGUGCUCCGGGACCCCGUGUAUGUGGAGGUGAGACUACUGGAGAGAACAGACCCAAACCUGGUGUUGACCCUUGGCCGCUGCUGGGCCACUUCCAGCCCUAACCCCCAGAGUCUCCCCCAGUGGGACUUGCUGGUUAAUGGCUGUCCUUACCAGGAUGACCGUUACCAAACCACCCUGGUCAACGUGGGGCCGUCCUCAGGGCUCAGUUUUCCCAGUCACUAUAGGAGAUUCAUUUUCAAGAUGUUUGCAUUUGUUGCACAUGAGUAUACUGAUCCAGCUAAGAAGAUCCAACAUGAUGAGGUUUGGGUGCCUUUAAAAGAGAAGGUGUACAUCCACUGCAACACAUCAGUGUGCACACCAAGUCUUCAAAACAACUGUGAACCUCGGUGCUUCAGAAAGAGGAGAGACAUUGCUGCAUCAGUGAAGAGUGCCUCCAGAGCUGAAAACACUACUACCACAGUGACUAGUCAAGGCAUCAUCAUUAUGGAUCAAAGACAAGAGCCGUAAUUUUGUUAUCAUAAAAUAUAUCGAGGCUGGGGUAUUCAAGACAAUUUAACUGGCUGUUUCCAGGCAUAUUGUUGAAACCCUAAAAAUAUAACCACAGAAACAUAUAUUAUAAAUAAAUUAUAACGCGAUUGUGUCAGAAU